GGAACGUGAUGACGGCGACCACGCACAUAGUAACGGUGGUGGUGGGCGCCGGAGUGUUGGCUCUGGCUUGGGCCAUGGCCCAACUAGGAUGGCUAGCUGGCAUAACCAUCAUGAUCAUCUUUGCAUGCAUUUCCAUUUACACUUACAAUCUCAUUGCCGACUGCUACAGAUACCCUCAUCCACUCAAUGGCAAGAGAAACUACACUUACAUGCAAGCCGUGCAUGCAUAUCUUGGUGGAGCAAUGCACGUGUUUUGCGGAUUGGUUCAAUAUGGGAAGCUCGCGGGGAUUACAGUGGGCUACACCAUAACUACAUCUACAAGCUUGGUGGCUAUAAAGAAGGCCAUUUGCUUCCACAAGAGAGGUCACGGAGCUUAUUGCAAGUUUUCAAAUAACCCCUUUAUGAUAGGUUUUGGGAUCUUGCAAAUUUUAUUGUCUCAAAUCCCAAAUUUCCACAAGUUAACGUGGCUUUCAACCAUUGCUGCUAUUACUUCUUUUGGAUAUGCAUUCAUUGGAAGUGGCCUUUCUCUGGCAGUGGUGGUCUCAGGUAAAGGAAAAACAACUCGUAUAUUUGGAACCAAAGUAGGGCCAGAAGUAUCUGAAGCAGAUAAAGUUUGGAGGGUUUUCAGUGCUUUGGGAAACAUUGCACUUGCUUGCUCUUAUGCUACUGUUGUUUAUGAUAUAAUGGACACGUUGAAGUCAUAUCCACCAGAAUGCAAACAGAUGAAAAAGGCCAACUUGUUAGGAAUCACAGCAAUGACAAUACUUUUUCUGCUAUGUGGUGGCCUUGGCUAUGCUGCUUUCGGAGAUCACACACCGGGGAACAUCCUCACUGGCUUUGGAUUUUACGAGCCAUUCUGGUUGGUCGCUCUUGGGAAUGUUUUCAUUGUAACCCACAUGGUGGGAGCAUAUCAGGUGCUUGCUCAACCACUGUUUCGUAUAAUUGAGAUGGGUGCUAACAUGGUGUGGCCACGUUCAGAUUUCAUCAACAGGGAAUACCCAACCAAAUUGGGUUCCUUAACAUUCAGUUUCAAUUUGUUUAGGCUAAUUUGGAGGACAAUAUACGUGGUAGUGGCCACAAUCAUUGCCAUGGCGAUGCCGUUUUUCAACGAGUUUCUUGCCCUGCUUGGAGCAAUCGGGUUUUGGCCUCUCAUCGUCUUUUUCCCUAUACAAAUGCACAUUGCACAGAAACAGAUCAAAAGAUUUUCAUUGAAAUGGUGUCUGCUCCAGCUAUUGAGCUUUGUGUGCUUUCUUGUUUCAGUAGUUGCGGCAGUUGGUUCCAUUCGUGGAAUUAGUAAGAAUAUCAAAAAAUAUAAACUUUUCAUGUAUAAACAAUAGGCUAUAUUGCGCAAUACAAGUUACUCAAUUACAAGCUGUGAAGCUCAAAGGAGAGACUGAUCACGAUCUCGUGUCCUUCAAUGGUAGCCUGCCAAGUUUCACAAUUAUGGAGUGUAUCUGGCUGAUUUCCACAUUAGUUACUAGUGAUGACAAGAAGUCAUUGGACCCUUAAUGUAGCUGAGAAAUGGACUCCCCACUUUGCUACAGUUUUGAAUACAAGAAAUCUAAAGGAUUGAAAAUGUGUGUACAUUAGUCUUGAAUGAUGUGUCCUUACCGGGUGAGAUAUUCCAGAUUCAUGUUCCUAAAAGUGAAUAGGUUCCUCCAAAUCUCAAUAAUUGAUUACUUGAACACUUUCUUGUUUUCCACAAUGUUAUUUUUAUGAUAUAGUUGAUUUCUGA